AUAUAAAUAACGUCUCGCUCUUUCCGCAUCUUUCCUUCGCAGCCGAUCAGAAAGAUUUCUCCGCUAUGGGUCGCGUACGUAAGUUUCGUGCUAUAGUCGGCAUCGAUGAACUAGCCUGGAGUAGCACGCUCUGGCGGUCCCUCCCGGCCGAAUUUCUAGGCACUGGAUUCCUGGUCCUAAUAGCCUGUGGUUCUUGCACAGGGGGAUGGGAAAGCGACUACUCGCCUACAAUCGUUCAGAUAGGUCUCACUUUUGGUCUCAUCGUGGGUACUAUGGUGCAAGCCAUUUGCCACGUGAGUGGAGGCCACAUUAAUCCGGCUGUCACGGCAGGAAUGUUGGUUACAGGUAAAUGCUCAGUUCUGAGGGGCCUUCUCUAUAUUCUGAUGCAAUGUGCCGGUGGCAUCGCCGGUGCCGCUGUGCUCAAGGCGGUUACUCCAGAGGAUCUAAAUUCAGCACUCGGGGAGACUGCUCUCCACCCCAAGAUGAGCCCCAUCCAGGGGGUAGGGGUCGAGUUCCUGAUCACUUUUGUGCUCGUCUUCACCGUUUUCGGAGUGUGUGAUCCCAACAGGGUGGAUGUUCGGGGAUCCGCUCCUCUAGCCAUUGGGUUUUCUGUCACUGCUUGUCACCUGUGGGCGAUUAAAUACACUGGAUCCAGUAUGAAUACUGCCAGAUCUUUUGGUCCCGCUGUGAUACUAAAUAGAUGGGAAAAUCAUUGGGUAUAUUGGCUGGGCCCCAUACUAGGUGGUGUCGUCGCUGGGCUUGUGUAUGAGCAUCUUUUCGCUGCUUCUCCACCUGAUAAGGAAGACUUGGAACGGGCCACGAUGCACGCUUUGCAAGCCAUCAAUGACAAAGACUCAGACAGAACGACUGCCAUAUGAGAACUUCCUCAGAAAAGAGAAAGUGACACUGUUAAGACGAUGUAAGCCUCACAAAGGGUGCAAUGACUCUAAAUGACAAAGAUGUUAUUCAGAAAAUUUUUUCAGUGAACGUUAUAACUUUUACUUUUAAAUUAUGCUGUUUCCCUUGUAUGUAAAUUAUCAUUGUGCUUACACGUGCAGGGUGUCUCAUACCUCUAGCAUCAUCGAUCUACGCUCAGCAGGUUUCAGCACAAUGGGUUCUCCAAAACUUACAUCACACUCAUACUCAGAAUGUGACAGGAUGAUGGCUACACAGAAACAUCACUUUUACCUACAUUUCUUUAAAAAGUUUGAUUUACUCCGAAAACGUUCUUAAUAUGUAGAACUUGGAAGAAUCACCAUAUAUAUCUAUAGACUGAACUACAUGUAUGCUAGUUAUCAAAGUGGCAAAACCGAUUAUAUCUGUAUUUUGUAAGCAAAGAAAUCAUUUUAAAGGAAUUUCAUCAAACAAAGGCCACCUUGGACCUAUAUGAUAUACAUACAUAAAAAAACACUUCAUUGAAUUUCAAACUUUAAUAGGCUUCCAAGUUUAUAAUUGAGAAAACUGAUUGAUGCAUAAAGAAGAAAUGUCAAAUAUCCCAGAUUUAAAGAAACAGUUAAUCAGUAAUUAUUUAUCUUAUAUUAAUUCAGUUUAAAGGUAAAAGUAAGCUUUUAUGGUGGUUUUGAACCUUAUUAAAAAUAUGCUUAAUAACCAAAUGCAUUUUAGAAAUUUCCUUAGUAAUGUUAUGAAGAUUUAUUUAACUUACAAAAUAGUGUUCAUGAACGCUAUUUGUUAAGCAGUUUAAAAUAUAUAUAUAUAUAUACAAAUCAUACAAUCAUACAAAGAACUUAAAUGAAUUUCACCUUCAAUACAAGUUUGAAAAUUCCUUGGAAUGUUUUUUAUUAAAUAAAUAAAGGGAAACCUGAUAUCUUUUCAAGAUAAAAAAAAAUUCACUUUCUGUCGAUGUAAAGCCGAAACUACGGUCAAUUACUCAAGAAAACAAUCUGAGUUUAAAAUGUAUUAUUAGUCACAAAUAUACCAAAGAAAUUAUACAAGAAUAAGGACUGAUGCGAUUGGAAUACCUCCAUAACAGCACCCUGUAAGAAAUAGUGCCAGCACACUUGUCCAAAUCGGCCACAAUUCGAAGACAUAGACGCUGUCAUAACAUAGGCAUACAAACUGAGUUCUCCGGCAUAAAGGUUCGCGCAGCCUUAUAAAAGUUUCUGUCUUUUUGUAUUGAGGAUGAGCUUCAAAACGUAUGGCACCUUUAUGAAGCCGUUCCGUGUGAUUUAUUUAAUACGCAUGAACACUGUCGUUAAUUUGCUGUAUUUCAUUGAAUUUUAUCCUGUUUUCAGUUCUUUUAUCCAAGCAAUUUUGCUGACAAGAUAAAACUAAAAUAAUAGUACGAAAGACUAUUAAGCCAAAAAUUUUAAAACUGCAUUCGCACAUAAGCAUUUAAUUCACUUAUUGACGUAAUCAUCAGUUAAAUAGCUACAAGGUAUAGUUUAAUAAUAUACUUUAAUCAAAGGCAACAUGUCAAAUACUAAUAGGAUAAGUAUUAUAUUCCACAAAGUUUUAAAUUAGAACAUAGAUUUGACCGUUUAUUAGCCAAACUCAGUCACAUUUAAAAUUUUAAUAAUCUUUUUUUCUUGUAUUUACUAUUUACUAGGUAAUGAAAAGAAAAAUAAAUAAAUAUUAUAUUGUGUAUAAUUUAUAAUGUAAUCCCAUUUUGAAAUUCCCCGUUAUCUAAUUCAUGCACAUGUUUUUCUCUACUUCUAUGCUAAAAUAAAUAAAACUGAGCUCUAACAUAUUACAAAACUUUUUAAGUAAUUGUAUUCUGAGUUUCAUUUGAAUAUUUUCUUUGAUCAUCAAGAAACUUAGACGACAUCAGAAAUGACAGGAAACGUAUUAUGAUGACCAUAACAUACUGAUUUUCGCGAAACAGUUAUUUUAUAAUCAGUGUUCACUUCCACGCCUAUCGAAUUAAUUUUUACCUUUUUGUUGCCCUGCGUUGGCAACCCGCUUUUGAGUUUCGUCGUUCGUAGAAUUCGGUCGCUAAAAGCGUAGCUGGCCUGUAACGGUUUAAU